AUGAAUCGAACUUUAUCUAAUUUAAAAAUUAGUUCAUUUUAUGAUGUUAAUCAUUUACAAAAAUAUGAAAUAUGUCGAAAACAAUCUGCAUGUUAUCUUCUUAUUCCACCACCACGUCCACCAACAAUACCUGAAUUAUUUUUAACAACAACAUGUAAAUUAUCAUUAAGUUCAUCAUCAACAUUUACAAAUUUUCGUCAACGUCCAAUAACAGAUUCAUCAUAUUUAACAAUUAUUUCAAUUAUUCUUGGUAUAUUAAUUGCUUUAACUUCAACUUGUCUUAUUUUAUUUUUACUCGGUGUUAAAUUUCGAUUUCGUUAUAAAUUAGGAUAUUAUCAUCGUCGUCAUCGAACAACACCAGAUAUCAAUAGUGUGAAUAGUAGCAUUCGAGAAACGAAUAACAGUGAUGUGACAUUUAUCAAAACAACAAAUACAAAUAGCAAUAUUGGCAGUAAUAGUAAUGGUGGCGGCGACGGAUGUGCAUCAUUCUCGAGUGUUAUACCAACAUCAUAUGAAUGUUCAACUCCAUUAACAACAACAACAACAAUAGCUCAUAAUCAAUAUCCAUCAUUAGCAAUGACAAAUAAUUCAAAUUUAAGUCUUCAUUUAUUACAUAGUCAACAAUAUUUAAAUUCUGAUGAAAUAUCAUUAUCUCAUCAUAAUUCAACAAAUAUUUAUGAAGAAAUUCGUCCAACAACAUUUGAUCAUCAUUGCUGUUGUUGUUCGUGUACACUUGCAUAUUAUCAAAAACAACAACAACAACAACAGCAACAACAAUGUAUUUCAAAUAAUCGUCAAUUAACACCACAUUAUUAUACAUGUGAACCACCAUCAUUAUCAACAACAUCGACUAUUGUAUGUCAAAGUUGUUUAUUAGAAACUUUACAUCGUAAACAACAAACAACAUCAACAAUCAAUUGUGCAUGUCGGAAUUUCUUUAUACCAAUCAAAUAA